AUGGUAGCCGGGGAGGACAAAUUGACAAAUAGAAACUACAAUCCUCAAAAUACAUCUCACAUGGAUUAUGAAAUGCAACAUUUACGUGAGAAACUCUGCCGUUUGGAAAAGAUGCUAUCGCAAAAAGAGAAGUGCGGUAUUAGAAAAACCGUAGACAUUGCAUUGGAGAAUGAGAAAAGCACUACUCACACAAUUCCAAUUAACGAAGGCGUGGAAAAUGAAGAGCCCUUUGGUAAACAAAUUCAGGACAUAGAGUAUACUGCUGAAGAUUACAUCAGCCAAAUUUCUGAUUUAGAACAAAAGUUACUGAGAGAUGAAAAAUUUUCGGACAAAGAUUACUACGAACAUGUAACAAAAAAGUUAUCAAUUUUAGAAUUAUACAGAAAUUUAAAAAUGCUCGAGGAAAAUCGUCAAUAUUUUUAUAAAGAACCAAAAAAAUUAUCUGAAUUAUAUCAAAAUAAAGUUGGAGCGGAGUAUGAAACAAAAAAUCAUUAUCGUCAUUUUUCACGUAAAAAGGGCAAAAAGCAGUUGAUAUAUGGUCAUUCUUGCAACGAAAAUCAUAAACACAACAGUUUGACGUAUUGCAGUUGUAGUGAAUAUGAAAAUAAUUUGAGACAGAAGACUGAAAGAAAUAAAUUAAAUGUAUCUUCAGAGACAGCUCAUAGACAAGUUCCCAUUAAAAAGGCAACAUGUCGCUGUCCUGAAAUUUCAUCAUCAUCAGACGAUUCGGAAGAAUCGUUUUACAAAUGUUUGCACAUGCCCAAAGAUUAUUAUAAUGAAUUAUGCAAUUAUAAAAAUAAAGAUGAAGUAUCUGAGUCAUCGAACGAAGAUCAAACGACGUGCAGUGAAGUAUCGAAGUGUACUUGUUAUUGUAGCAAAGAUCAUUCACAUGAUGAAUCGUCAGAAGCUGAUUCUGAUUGUGAUUGCGAUUGUAAAAUGAGAAUUUCAAUUUAUGAAAAUAAAAACAAGACUCGACCAGAAAGAUUUCGUGGAGGCUUGGAUGUGAUCAAACCCAUAAUGGAGAAGUCUAAGAAGUAUGAUAUCAAUCUAAAAGAACAGGGAGACUGUUCAAUAUCUGCAAACGAUUUGGUCGAUAAUUUAAAGCUCUUGAAAGUCGAAGAGCUCCGCGAAGGACUUGAGCGUCUGAAAAUCCGUAAUCGCAAUCUCAGGGACUUUCUAGAUACUCUUCAACGUCCAAUAAACUUGAUUGAGAAGCCAUCCGAGGCAAACACUAUUUGCACGCAAGUUUCUAGUUGCUAUACUGUCGAUGUAGCUAAGCAGACUCGUAGUGGAUUAUUGACCGUCGUUGAGGUUCUCAAAGGAAAAUGUCGAAGUAAAGAUGCGAUGAUUGUAGCUCUUGCUGAUGGAUUGAAAGUAGAAAGCGAUAAAAAGAUUAAUAUUUUGGAUACAGAAAAAGAUAAAAUUAUAACAAAAAACAAGUCCCUUAUUAGUGGCAUGAUUGAAGAAAAGGAUAAUGGUCGAAAGUUCACCAAAAGAGAUUCAGCUAUUGGUUUUGUAUUUUUUUUGAUGAUUUUGAUAUCUCACGUGAAGAGAUCAGAAAUAAUAUCUUAUUUAAGUGCAGCUAAAAAUUUUUUGUUAGAGUCACCGUUCAAAUUGGGUUUACUUAUUAGUGAAACGGACAACUUACUCAUCGAUUUAAUAUUUACUUAUAAUCGAGACUUUGUAUACUCGUUUAAAAGAUUUACGAAACAUUUAGUAGAGAGGUGGGCAAAUAUUAUGCUACAACUUAAUCAUCGGUUUAGCUCCUAUUAUGCACCCCUCCAGCAGUUGUUCAAUAUUUCAAAUAAUUUUCUUACCGCAAACUAUUCGUAUGUAUUAUUUGGUGUUUGUACUAUUUUAGUUGGAGUUACAUUGAUAAAUAUUAAGAAAAUUUGGACAAGCCGAUUAAUAAUCAUUAAAGAAUAUAGAAGAUUUUCCAUUAUUAUUGAGUCUGUUGGCGUCAAACUUGCAAAGCUUAUACUAAUCUCCUGCCAACAAGUAUUAUCUUCAAAGAUUUUCUGGUUUACCUUAGGUUUCUACAGUCAAAUUUUAUGGAACUCAAUACAAACUGACUUUUAUCAAUUCUCAACUAUAUUGAAUAGCUAUUAUGUCAAGAAUACAGGACAUACAUUGUUUCAACAUUUAAAUGAAACUCAAGAAGUAACCGACUAUAACUGCAAAUUAUUUGAUAAAUUUCAUUCUUAUUCUUGGCUAAUAUCAAUAUUUUGCAAUGAGUUUCAAAGAUUUGUUAAAUAUUUAUGCUAUAUCAUAAAAAAUGUUUAA